UGGGUGCCUUGGCAGCGCAACUCGAUAACCAGGGCAGUGUGUUCGCAAGGCAGUGCUGAAGCUCCACAGGUUUUGCGACACACAUUCCUAUCCCUCCUAUCCUUGUCAUCUCUUCCAACAUAGGGUUUAUCCAAGAGACAGUGGGUCGGCGCAGAUAUCAGCUCCGUGGUUUCAACAGUUCCCACGGUGCCAGCAGCGGAACUGAUGUAGACGCGGGAAUUGUCGAAUGGUAAGACAGAUAGGAGAGGUCAUCUGCCCCCUUGUUAAGUCGACAGUCAGCACAGGUUUCUUAUCCUUUGAUAUGAUCAUUCACAGGGAACACGGAAAAUUCAUCCGGGUCAACCAAUUACCGCCGGUUUCAGAGAACCUGCUCAAGCAGCCAGUAUCCAGGCCAAGGGCUCGGGGGGUUCGAGCGUGGGGUGGCAGUUGAGAGCCAGACGCUACCGCCAAGCUGGAGGCGCAGCUGUUCGCGUAGCCGUCCGUUCCGCGUGCAUUGGAAUUUUAAAAGGAAUUCACCCAUUGUUUUACUGUAUACGUCUCAUGCAAACUUCGUUUUUGGUUGUUAAAAUCCGGGCCGAUCUACACUUCUGCCCAUUCGAGGCACCACUACGACCUGUAUGAAUCUUCCCCCUUGCGACUGUUCCUGUCGCGGACGGUGCGGACUUGACAGCUCCUGUGCUUGCUGGCCCAACUGUUGAGCUGGCGCGGUGAACAGAAUCGAGACGGGAGCUGUCCCAUACUUGAGGACCCCCCGCGUUCCCCCUCAACCGCCUCAACAAAUCUCAGGAAGGAUCUGCGUGCUAAAAGUCUUUUCUUUUCCAGAAGUUGGACCGAUCCUGGCCCCAAGGUUGAGAUUUGGUUUCGGACAAUCGACUAUCAGAGAGCUGAUUUUCUGCUCGUGGCUGGUUGAGCGAUACCCCAGUACAGCCGUCACCCCAAAUACGCAGGACUUCGCCCCGCAGCCGCGCCAUCUUCUUUGACGCGCAUGCGGCGUUCUUGUCCUCUACUCCCCAAGAGUUCCGUUUAUGUUUACCUUCAAUCUGCGCGAAAGGAGUCAGCCCAGGACGCUGUAGAACAUCAGGAACUCUGAGUGGAAAGCAGCAGCUAGUUAACCAUCUUCCUAGGCCGUUCACGUCGAUUCCGCGCCCGCGACAAACGGGAAAUCGCUGUGGUCUUUUUGAGCUGCUUCCGACAGUAGGUUUUCCGCUCUACAGAAAUGGCGUCUGAGCUGUACAAGAUUCCCCCGGGUAUCGUGAUGGAGGACCAAGACGAGUCAGCGACCGUUUGCUCUUCGCAGUUAGAAACAGCCGAAAUUAUCGUUUGCCCCGUGCCAGGUUCUAGCAAAGCCCAUUCGGUGGUCCCCCCUCUGCCUCCUGUUAACUACACGACUGUUCGUCCAGGAUCCACGUCAAUUAAUAUGUAUCCUGGGGUUGAGAAGGCGCCGUUCAUGUAUCCGUCGGCAACGCCGCAAGACUCAUGGGCACCCAUGAAAGUGUUACCGCAACUGCGGAUCCCCGAGAAUGGUAUCUCGCUAAAAGACGUGGUUCGUGAGGGCCUUGGCAAGAUGGCUCAGCUUCUCUAUAAGAUCUGCGGUGAACCUGUCCCUUCGAACGAGCUUUAUUUCUUGCACUAUGUACCCAGUCCUCAACAGGAAGUGGUAUAUGGACGAAGUCCGUGUGUCUACACCCGUGGUGCCUCCCCCACCUUUGCUGCGCCGCAGACACAGCCAACUUAUACCAUGGAGACUGUCCGGCGACAGGCAGUUGCUGCACCCGCACAGACGGUAUUGAUGGUACCCGCGAGUGCACGGGCCAGUUCUUGGGCAGUCCAUGAGUUCCACAAGCCUCUCAAGGAACAGCCGGCCGCCAGGCCAGACCCGCAGAAACUGCUCUGCUUUGGGCAUCAAGGCGACGAGCGCAAGCUAUGUUUUGGUCUUUUGACUCUUCCUCCUCGUCAAAUCAAAUACGACUUCGUUACCGAGAGGACGCCGAUAUGCUUCGAUAUGUGGUCAAAAGAUACCUUUGUGGCUGUAUGCCGCAAAUGUCGACAGCGCCUUAGCAAGUGCCCGCACUGCCACAAGCAAAGUGUUAUUUUCCACCCCUGACUGCAGACCAGGUGUACUGAAAGGUGGAUAGGAUAAACACGAAAGUAACUGUUGCCACAUGUCUUUCGGCCCGCUUUUACGCCCCAGUGUUCGGUGAUCCAACCGCAUGAAGGGCUACUUUAGUCUGUUCGUAUAUCAUCUAAGCAUAUUUCCUUUCAUGCUGGAAAACUGGCAGAGCCUACACCCAUUCCUGGAGGGUGUAUUCGAGGCAAUCUCCGACUGCCUCACAUGGCACCGUCGUUGAGGGCGUCUCUGCCCCUGUUGAUAUAGUUUUCGUCGCCUGCGUACGUUACAUGAGUGAACGCCGUGAUUUUACAGUGCCCACGUUUUUAAGAGGAACGGCCAGGCACGAUUGAUCCAUCGGUUCACCUGUGCCUCAAAUGGCAGUUCUUGAAACGGACCUGAGUUUUUAAAAAGCUCUACUUCUUCGUACGAAUAACCUUUGUUUUCCACAAGCGUUCCAGAAAAAGAAGCCUCCUUCCAGUUUUCGCUACUGGGGAAGUGCCCCUGGGCACUUUGUGGAGGGAUCGGCCAGCUGCUGAGUGGGGGCAGCACCUGAAAAAUGGACAGAC